UGAAAAUGGCUGACAACUGAUGAAUUUAUGGAAGAAUUUGAUUCCGAAGGGUUAAAUUGUCCAAUUAUUGAUAUCAUUGGGUACGCGCAGACAUUCUUGUGGUGCGACAGGAUAGACCUCCGCCAUUUAUAUAGCCAUUCAAAAGAUUAGAAAAUGAGCGCUUUUCUGAUACCUUCUCCAGUCUGCCACGCGAAUCAAUUCCACUCUCUUGUCAGAAAUUCACAAAAUCGUAUUCCGAUAAAGUUUGCCAAACUUGCCAUGACUCAAUCUCGGUCACCAGCAGCACUGACUUUGAGGACAAUGAUCUGUGAAGAGGAGGGAGCUUCAUCGGUUAAACCCGUUAUCGAUCUUCACAAUCUUGAACCUAAAUUGCUGCAGAACUUGGCAUACGAUGCCCUUGUCUGGAGUUCCCUCAAUGGCCUCCUUGUUGGUGACAGAAAUUCUCAGAGAUCAGGAACCGUCCCGGGCGUGGAUUUAGUGCAAGCCCCAUUUUCUCUGUUACCCACUUCAUUUCCUGAAAGCCAUUGGAAACAAGCUUGUGAAGUUGCUCCUAUUUUUAAUGAACUUGUUGAUCGCGUGAGUCAGGAUGGAGAAUUUCUACAGGAAUCACUCUCCAGAACAAAGAAAGUUGAUGAUUUCACAUCCCGACUCCUAGAUAUCCAUUCCAAAAUGUUAGAGAUGAAUAAAAAAGAGGAAAUAUGCUUGGGUUUACAUCGUUCGGAUUAUAUGCUGGAUGAACAAACUAAAUUACUUCUGCAAAUAGAGCUCAAUACAAUUUCGUCAUCAUUUCCUGGACUGAGUUGUCUGGUCACUGAGCUUCACAGGAGUUUAAUUCAGCAGAAUCGGCAACAUCUUGCAUUAGACCCUGACAGGAUUCCUCAAAAUAGUGCAGUGAUUAAGUUUGCUGAAGCACUAUCUAAAGCAUGGAACGAAUAUAACAAUCCCAGGGCUGUGGUUAUGUUUGUGGUUCAAACUGAAGAGCGCAACAUGUAUGAUCAGCAUUGGAUUUCUUCAGUGCUGAAAGAAAGACAUCAACUGACAACUAUUCGGAAGACACUGGCAGAGAUUGAUGCACUUGGAGAGCUUUUUCCAGAUGGUACACUUGUUGUAGAUGGUCAAGUCAUUGCAGUUGUUUACUUUAGAGCAGGAUAUGCUCCGAGUGACUAUCACUCAGAAUCUGAAUGGAGAGCAAGGCAUCUUAUAGAGCAGUCCAGUGCGAUUAAAUGCCCUUCAAUAUCUUAUCACUUGGCGGGUACCAAGAAAGUUCAACAGGAGCUUGCAAAGCCCAAUGUACUUGAGAGGUUUCUUGACAGUGAAGACGACAUUUCGAAAUUACGGAAAUGCUUUGCAGGCUUGUGGAGCCUUGAUGAGUCUGAUGUGAUAAAGGAUGCAAUUCAAAGGCCUGAAUUAUAUGUUAUGAAACCUCAACGAGAAGGCGGAGGAAACAAUAUUUAUGGUGAUGAUGUAAAAGAAAGUCUUCAGAAGUUGCAGAAGGAAGGGAGUGGAAAUGAGGCAGCUUACAUCCUCAUGCAGAGAAUUUUUCCUACUUUGUCUAAAGCAAUCCUAAUGCGAGAUGGUAUCCCUCACAAAGAGCAAGUGGUAUCAGAACUUGGUAUAUAUGGUGCUUAUUUAAGGAAUAAAACAAAGGUAAUAAUAAACGAGCAAUCCGGUUACCUGAUGAGAACAAAGGUCUCUUCUUCAAAUGAGGGUGGGGUCGCUUCAGGCUUCGCAGUUUUAGACAGUAUAUACUUGGUUUGAUAUAUUCUGUACCCUCUGGGUUAUGAAAUGUGGCACCUUUAUGUACUCCGGUCUAUCAAUGUUUGGCUCAACAGAAUAAUUACACUGGGUUUUGAAUCCCCUUGCACCUAUGUUCUCUUUUUACUGGUUACAUUUGGUUGGUCAGUUUCUUGACAUACAUUAAAUAAUAGUGGUAUAAUAGUGGUUG